AUGGAUUCUAUCUUGAAGUUAUGGGAGCAGAGGAGCAAAAUAGAGGCGCAGAAGGUUCUCCAGCUAAGAAGCCUGAGGACAUAUUUGGUAAGAACCCUAGAAAAAGAUGACCCGUGGAAAGACAAACACAAGCAAGACCCGGCUACUCCCCGUACAAAGCCCAAACCGUUGGACAUGGUGUUUUUGCAAACAGUUCCUGAGAAACUUCACAACCCAGAGGAGGAUCCAGCAACACUGUUGCGGGGAGCUCAGGUAGUGGGACUGAAGGCUCACAGACCUAGUGACAAGGGAGCAAUCACUAAAGAUAAAUGUAGUUUAGAUUCAGUGAGGAGAGGAAAUCAAGAUGUGAGACUAUCCCUGGUUUCGUUGCUUUAUCGUUACGCUACCGUUACUGGUAGCGUAACCUCCCAGUGUUGGAUCCAGCACCAGGACAGCGGGUUCCAUACUCCAAUGAUUGACUCUGAGUACCAUCAAAUCAGAUCGCCGGAAAGCAGACACAAUGGCGGUUAA